UCACAUACUUAGACAUCAAAAGAUAUUAUUAUCCAUUUAAACAUAUAUAGACACUAAAAUAUGGCUAAGAGAUUUAACUUUCUUGUGGAGUAUAAAGAAUUGGUCAAAAAUUUCCAAUCAAAUACUAGUCCUUAUAGAGCUGCUAUAGUUAGCAACUUCUCAAUUGCUAAACAAUCUCAUGUGCACACUCAAAGUGGUGAUCCAAUAGUAGGAGCAAUAAAUCAAGGGUCAGAUAAAGCAAGGGAGGUGCUAGGGAGUGUUGAAGAAGUGGUAGGUAAGGAAAGUGGGGACACAGCUUGGGAUGCAACAAAGAAAACUGUACAAUUAGUGACAAAUACAACAACUGCUGAAGCUGAUAUGAAUAUUGUAGACACUGUGGAGUAUAGAAGUAGUGAAGAUUUAUCAGGGCAACUUGGAGAUGGAUGUGAUAAGAUUCAGUUAUAGUUAAUAUAUAUAUAGAAUUAUAUAGAAAUUAAUUAAUAAGGGUAUUAAUCCUAUAUAUCCUAUGUUUUUUUCUUGUUUUGAAUUUUAUAUCUAUAUAGUAUACUAACUUAUAAGAGAUAAAAUAUGGAAGUUAAAUAUUUUGCUCUACUUCAUUUUGUUGGAUAUGCAUGUGAUUUUUCUAGUCUUUGUUUGUUUGGGAAUAAAGAGCCAAUAAAUUAAUGUCAA